UGAAAGUGGGCGGAGUUUGAUCAAGAUUGCGUAAAUUUUGCAUCCCCCUUGUGUUUAAGCAUGUGACACUCGUAAAAUAUGUCUGGUUUGUAAACAGAACAAGUGGUGAAGGUAGAACACUUACCAAACUACGAGUGAAUCUGAAAAUGAAUGAAAUUCGGUGACACAAGUUGCAUCAAUACGAUGUUCACCGCGGUGGUCGUUUUGUUACUGUUUUCGAGUGCACACAGUUUCAGAAAAUGCGAUCAGCUGGUAACUAUAAGAGAUUUGAAUUCGGGGUUAAGAAAGAUAUCGGAGAAGUUUAUAGAAUCAAAUGAACAUGAUGAAGAGAAAUUCAAAGUUGAUGUGUCAAACACUGGGCCAGCUGUCAUUUGGUCAGAGAUCGAUUUUCUUGCAGAGCUGUUUGCGGAAGAAGUGGUCAUCAACAAAAAGAAAUUUCUGUACCACUGGAUGAAUGAUGCUGACCAUACUGACAAACUUGAGACCACAAACAACUAUAGAAGCAAUAUAUCGUCUUAUUUGUUUGACUCGGAACUCAUCCUGCCAAACAAAUACCAAAUGAAAGUCUGUGUUUACAAACAGCAUAAAGAAAACAUUUGGGUUUACAGAAAGAUUGCAGAGAAUCAUACUAUCUUUGAAUUAACAGCAUCCUUGAAUGGAAAAGCUCACAUUUUUCAAAAUCUCACCUAUACAAAUGCUACCCCAGGAAUAUUUUCUACAAAAAGACCAAUACAGCAAAGUGUGAACUUAACUGACAAGUUUUUUACAGCAAAUACAUACUGGUUUGAAUGGUUCAUAGAUGGCCGGCGUGUGGAAACCAAAGAAAAUGUCAACUUUUUUGAAUUUACCCAUAACAGUACUGGAAUUUGUAACAUCCGUGUACAAGUCACCAUGGAUUUAGCUGAUGCACAGAAAAAACUGAAGGGAACCUGGUCCAAAUCUGUUUAUUUUGAGGAUGAGGUUCAGAAUGUGAACAUCCUAUCUAGUUCAGAGACCAUCACCGGUGAACCUGUUAAACUCAAUAUCACCUUUGAUGGCAGCGAAGUUAUUGUAUGUUGGAGGAUAAUGGAUCUCAAAAACAAUACAGUACACAACAGGUCGUGUGAUGAGCCUGCAUCCAGGGGCUGGUUCCUCACCCCUGGGAUUGUCCUGUCCCCAGGGCAAUACAUCGCAGAGGUUACUGUUACUAAUGAUGUCAGCUCUAUCAGUUUACAGAGUCAGGUCAUGUCAGUGUAUAAUGGUGGAACGGGGUCUUCGUCUCCAUUAGCCGUGCCGAUUGUCUUCAGCAUGCUGGGUCUGAUUGUUAUUGUAGCCGCUGCAGUGUACUUUGUCAGACUGAAGAAGAAGAGAGACGUCGAGGUGGCAGACUUUGAUUUCCAUCCAGAGAUCCAGUCCACAGGUUCCAGAAUAUUUAACAAGAUAAAAGGGAAUGUUACAGACUUUUUUCAGCGAAAUGAUUACCUCAAUAGACACAGACUUGCCAGAUAUCACAAGACAUCUGCAAAAUCUUAUGGUUCCCUGGAAGACUCAAAUGAACACUUAUGAAAGUAAUUGUACAAUUUUCUGCAAACUAUUGGAGAAAAUUCUUGCAC